UUGCAUAGCCAAUAAAUCAAUAUAUUUAGCGAAACAUUCGAUACAUUUGCAGAUGCAAUAGCUUGGCGAACACUUAGAAGGAUCAUAGGCUGUUCUAUUUUAUUUAUAUUAAGGUUUAAAUACCAUUACGGCUAUGACAGAUAAAACAGCGCCGAAAUCGCAAUUACGUCUGGACUGGGUGUAUGGUUACAGAGGCCAUCAAUGCAGAAACAAUUUGUUCUACGUAUCUUCUGAUGAGAUUGUAUAUUUUGUUGCUGGUGUAGGUAUCGUACACAACCCAAGGAAACAAACACAAAAAUUUUUUCUUGGUCAUAAUGAUGACAUCAUCAGUUUGGCCUUGCAUCCACAUGAACAAUUGGUGGCAACUGGCCAGGUGGGCAAGGACCCUUACAUAUGUGUAUGGAAUGCAAAGACGAUGCAAACUGUAUCAAUAUUGAAGGACCAACACACACAUGGAGUAGCAAGUGUUAUGUUCAGCCAUUCAGGAGAAAGAUUAGCGUCAGUAGGGUUGGAUGGUAGCAACACGUUUGUAGUUUGGGAAUGGAGGAAAGGAAGAAUGAUCGCAAACGCUAAAGGUCACACUGAUCGGAUAUUUGAUAUUUCUUGGGACCCAACAUCAGAACAGAGACUUGUAACUUGUGGAGUGAAACAUAUUAAGUUCUGGUCUCUGUGUGGUAAUUCUCUCACACCAAAACGAGGUGUUUUUGGUAAAGUUGGCGACCAGCAAACAGUGCUAUGUGUGUCAUGUGCGGAUAACCAUCUAACAUACAGUGGAACUUUAAAUGGAGACAUUUAUGUGUGGAGGGAUAAUAAUCUUGAACGUGUCAUCUCAUCUGCACAUAACGGUGGAGUGUUCACCUUACAUAAGAGCACGGAUGGUUAUGCCACUGGGAGCAGGGAUGGUUGUGUUAAGUUGUGGGACACAAGCUUCAAUCCACUAACUACAGUCAACUUCAAAGACACAACAUAUGGAUAUAAAGGUGUUUCAAUUCGAUCAGUAUGCUGGGCUUCCGACCGCAUUCUUAUCGGGACCCAAAACAGUGAGGUUUUCGAAAUCCUUGUGCGUGACAGAGAAAACCCCUCACCCCUCACCCAGGGGCAUGCAGAGGGUGAACUGUGGGGUUUAAGCAUUCACCCUCGCAAACCUAUUGCAGCUACCGCAAGUGAUGACUGCUCUGUAAGGUUAUGGAGCCUUAUGGACCAUGCGUUACUUGCAUGUUGUAACCUUGAACAUCAAGCAAGGUCGUGUGCUUUCAAUAUGGAUGGAACUCAGUUGUCUGUUGGUUGUAAGAAUGGAUCGUUCUUUGUGCUACGUGUGAGAGAUAUGACAGAGGUUGCUCAUAUACAUGAUAGAAAGGAAGUUCUUCAUGAAAUGAAAUAUUCAGCAGAUGGAUCCUAUCUUGCUGUGGCUUCCAACGAUAACUUUGUUGAUAUUUACUCAGUCACUCAAAGAUACAAGAAAGUAGGAACGUGCAGCAAAUCUUCGAGCUUUAUAACCCAUAUAGAUUGGUCAGCUGAUUCAAGGUACCUUCAAACUAAUGAUGGAGCAGGGGAGAGACUUGUUUACUCUAUGCCUGGUGGUCGGCAAGUGACGAGUGCCGAGGAGAUUCGUGCCAUACAGUGGCAGACAUGGACAUGUGUGUUGGGGUCAGAGGUGAAUGGAAUAUGGCCCAAGUACACGCAGAUAAAUGAUGUGAACGCCAUCGAUGUUAGUUUCCAACAUGAGGUGGCGGUGACUGGAGAUGACUUUGGCUUGGUGAAGCUGUUUAACUUCCCAAGCCUUAAAAAAGGCGCAAAGUUUCGUAAAUACGUCGGCCACUCUGCCCAUGUAACCAACGUGCGUAUCAGUAGCGACCAGCAAUGGAUGUUAUCAACAGGAGGUGCUGAUCAUGCAGUGUUUCAAUGGAAGUUGGUGGUUGACCAACAUGAACUACAUAACAUUGGGAACAAUAUGUCAAUGCAAGAAUCCCACACUGACUCAUGUAGUGAAGGAUCGGAUUCUGAUUUAUCCGACGUGGCUGAAGUUGAUUCAGAGAUUGAACAAGAAGCUCAGAUCAACUACGAUCGUGAGGUUUACAAAGAGGACCUGGUAAAGUUGAAGCACGCAUCCCGGGAUGAAGGAUCUGAUGUUGGGAAGAAGAAGAAGAAGAAUGGAGCGCAAACUCCAGACUCAUCGAGUCUUAAACUUAACUUUGUUUACGGUUACCGUGGUUAUGAUUGUCGAGACAACACGUUCUACACACAAGGUGGUGAUGUUGUGUAUCACGUGGCUGCCCUUGGUAUCGUGUAUUCACGUGAUCGCCAUGAGCAGAAAUUUUAUGAUAAACAUGACGAUGAUAUUUUGUGUUUAAAUCUUCACCCACUCAAGGAUAUUGUGGCAACUGGCCAGGUUGGCCGAGAUCCAGCUAUCCACUUGUGGGAGAUAGAGAGCAUGACUACGUUGUCGAUAUUAAAAGGAUUUCACCAACGAGGGGUGUCUUCUGUGGAUUUCUCAGGCGAUGGGAAGAAACUGGUUUCCAUCGGGUUGGAUAACGAUCACUCGAUGGCGAUAUGGGAUUGGAAGCGAGGUCAAAAGUUAGCGACGUCAAAGACUUAUCAAGAUAAAGUGUUUGGAGUGAGGUUUGAUCCUUGUAACCCCGAGAAACUUGUUACAGUGGGUGUGAAGCAUAUCAAGUUCUGGCAGCAUGUUGGUGGUGGUUGUACAUCACACAGAGGUGUGUUUGGUAACAUAGGAAAGUUGGAUACCAUGUUGUGCCUUGCUUAUGGAAAAGGUGGGAAGGUUUAUACUGGUGCAGCUAAUGGACAGGUUUAUAUUUGGGAGGGGAAUAACCUAAUGCGAACCCAGAAAGCUCACGACGGACCUUGUUUUGCCAUGCAUGCACUUGAUAAGGGAUUUGUGACUGGUGGAAAAGAUGGCGUUGUUUGCUUGUGGGACGAAAACUUUGAGCGAUGUUUGAAGUCGUACCCCGUGAUAUCUGCUAAUAUUGCACCGGAAUGUAAAAGUAAACUGGUGGAAGAAAACCCAACUGUGAGGUCCAUUAAUCUAGGUCAUGGAAAAAUACUUAUUGGGACAAAGAACAGUGAAAUUAUGGAGAUAGAUAAAAGUGGACCAAUCACUAUAUUAAUGCAGGGCCACGGAGAAGGUGAGUUAUGGGGUUUAUCUUUCCACCCAUCCAAGGAGGAAUGCGCCACUGUGUCCAACGACCGCACAUUGCGCACGUGGGCCACCGUCACCAAACAACAACGAAUGCUCGCUUCAAGGAAACUCACCGUUGGAGGGCAGUGUUGCGCUUAUUCUCCAGAUGGGAACGCUAUUGCUGUCGGGUGUAAUAACGGAAGCUUUAUUGUUGUUAACUCAACUACGUUGGAAAACCUGGUUGAGUUUCAUCAUAGGAAGGAAGCAAUCUCCGAUAUAAGAUUUUCUCCUGACAUGGGGAAGUACCUUGCGGUGGCUUCCCAUGAUAACUUUGUUGAUAUCUACAAUGUAUUGAAUAGUAAGAGGGUGGGAAUAUGUAAAGGAGCUUCAAGUUACAUCACUCAUAUUGAUUGGGAUGCUAGAGGCAAGUUGUUGUGUGUGAACAGUGGUGCAAAGGAGUUGUUGUAUUUUGAAGCCCCACGUGGCAAGCGUCAAACUAUAAGCAGUGACGACUCCAUUGAAUGGUCAUCGUGGACGGGGGUGCUUGGGAAGCAAUGUGAGGGUAUAUGGCCAUCAUACAGUGAUGUGACCGAUGUAAAUGCAAGCUCACUCACCAAGGAUAAGAAACUUCUCGCUACUGGAGAUGAUUUUGGUUUCGUAAAGUUGUUCACAUUCCCUGUUAAGGGUAAACACGCCAAGUUUAAGAAGUACGUUGGGCACAGUGCGCACGUGACCAACGUUCGAUGGUCCCAUGACUCCAGUCAACUCUGCUCAAUAGGUGGCGCCGACACCUCCCUUUGCCUGUGGUCGUGUGAAGCUAUUGUUAUCGCAAACGGGGAAUCCCCUCGUAACGCAUCAUCACCCAACAACAUACGUUACCAUGGAGAUAGCGAGGAUUCCGAUACCGAUUCAGAAGAAGAAGGAGGUUAUGACAGCGAUGUAAAUCGUGAGAAGAACAUGGAUUAUGGAAGUAAAACUUAUGCCAAUAAUAUUCGUGAGACUACCGGUGCUAAACCUAAUGUUAAGGAAUUGGAUGAAGUGGAGAAACUUUCAGUCAGCCGAGGUAUUCCCAAAAGUGAUCGCGUUAAACGGACCAAUGAGGUCGCAGUAAACAAGGUGAAUGACCUUGAGUUACAUCACAUAUUCGGGUACCGUGGAUUUGACUGCAGGGACAACUUACACUAUAUAGAUGACUGUGCACAGAUUGUCUACCAUGCAGCAGGUACUGGCAUCGUACACAACUUAGCAAGUGGCCAACAAUCCUUUUAUAUCGAACACACUGAUGACAUCAUCAGCUUAAAUGUCAAUCAACAUCCUAAGUUUCCAAACAUUAUCGCAACUGGUCAGAUAGGCAGCAACCCCACUAUUCAUGUAUGGGAUGCUACAAGCAAGCAAACACUAUCUAUAUUGAAGGGGUUCCAUGUGGGUGGGGUGUGUUCUGUUAACUUUAGUGCAAGUGGAAAGUUAUUGUUAUCUGUUGGUCUCGAUGAACAACAUUCUGUGGCUGUUUGGAGGUGGCAGGAAGGUUUAAAAGCGUGUAGCCACACCUGCAGCAACCACCGUAUAUUCAGUGCACAGUUCCGGCCCGAUUCGGACUCCACCUUUGUAACUGUUGGAGUGAAGCAUGUUAUGUUCUGGCAGGUGUGUGGUUCAGCAUUGCUUGGUAAACGUGGAGUGUUGGGCGCAACUGAGGGAAUACAAGCUCAAACCAUGCUGUGUAUAGCGUUUGGUGCUGAGAACCUAACAUACACUGGUGCAAUGAAUGGCGACGUUUAUGUAUGGAAGGGCCACGUACUUUCACGCACAGUGGCCAAAGCACACGUAGGGCCCGUGUUUUCAAUGUUCACAACUUUAAGAGAUGGAUUGAUUGUAACUGGAGGAAAGGAGAAGAUGACAAAGGAAGGGGGGGCAGUUAAACUAUGGGAUCAAGACAUGAGGAGGUGUAGAGCAUUCCAAGUGUCAACUAAUGUUGUCAAGUCAGUGUGUAGAGGAAAGGGCAAGAUAUUGGUUGGAACCAAAGACUCCGAGGUGAUGGAGAUUGGUGAGAAGAAUGGAGCUUGUACCACGCUUGUAUAUGGACAUACUGAGGGUGAAUUAUGGGGGUUGGCGUGUCAUCCUACAUCACUUAUGUGUUGCACUACAUCUGAUGAUAAAACUGCAAGGAUAUGGGAUGUCAAUGAAAAGAUCAUGCUUCACAAGAUCUCACUCACGGCUGGAUCACGUGCAUGCUCAUUUAGUCAUGACGGGAGUAAGAUAGCAGUUGGUCAAAACAACGGGGAGUUUCUUAUAUUAGAUGUUGUGUCACUUAAAGUGUUGGUGAAGCGAAGAGAUAGAAGUGGUGCUAUCUAUGAUAUUAGGUUUUCACCAGAUGAUCACAUACUUGCCGUCGGUUCAUCGGAACAAACAUUAGAUUUCUAUGAAUUGAGCGCAGGUUGUCAGUUGAACAGGGUGGGAUAUUGUAAACAAAUACCAAGCUUUGUGUUCCAGAUGGAUUUCUCUGUGGAUGGGAAGCAUAUACAGGUUGGAACGGGCGCAUACAAACAGUUGGUGUUUCAAGUCCCGAGUGGCAACCAAGUUACUGAUAGCAACAUCAUCAACAAAAUAACAUGGAACUCAUAUACAAGUGUAUUGGGAGAUGAUGUGAUUGGCAUAUGGCCGAAGAAUUGUGAUCGUGGUGACGUCAAUUGCGCCAAUGUAUCGCGUGGUGGGAACGCUGUUGCUACGGGAGAUGAUUUUGGUUUCGUGAAGCUUUUCGAUUUCCCAUGCCGUGAUAAAUUCGCAAAACAUCGAAAGUACGUGGGUCAUUCCGCUCACGUGACAAACGCAAGGUUCGUGAAAGAUGAUAGUCGGCUCAUCACAACGGGAGGUGAUGACUGCUGUGUGUUUGUAUGGAAGUGUAGUUAACAAAUGAGACACACACAUCAGUAUAUAUGCAAUACACCACACUACAGUAUAUUGCGUAUCAAUGACGACAAAGAAGACAAAAACAAAGAACACCAAAAUGUUCCACAUCCUAAAUUGCUCAACUCCGGGAUAAUGAUGCAACUCUACAUUCCAGGUCCCCUGACAUGCUUCGACGUAGGACCUCACCUAUAUAGAAUAGAGUAUUAUACAAUUUAUACUCUUAGCGCUUAUUUUUUAAUCAAACAUUUUAUCGCAACAUUGAUUUCAUAUAUUUUACUUAUAAUCAAAACAUUAAUCAUCAGCUUCCUAAUCAAGAAGAUUGUCUAACUUAGCUUUGUCUACCAUGCAGUUUAAUCUUGUAUCUUAUUUCGUAGUCGACACGAUAUUUUUGCAGUAAAUACUUUUAUAAGAU